CUUGGAAGCAGAUUCCAGAAGCGCUUUACCACACAGUCCGAAGCUUUACCAUGGUGAAAAUAGCCUUCAACACUCCCACCGCCUUACAAAAAGAGGAAGCACGACAAGAUGUGGAAGCCCUUGUGAGCCACACUGUUCGAGCUCAGAUCCUGACCAGCAAGGAGCUCCAAGUUGCCACCAAGGAAAAGGAGAGCUCCUCUGGGAGAUGUAUGCUUACUCUCUUAGGCCUUUCAUUCAUCUUGGCAGGACUUAUUGUUGGUGGAGCCUGCAUUUACAAGUACUUUAUGCCCAAGAGUACCAUUUACCAUGGAGAAAUGAGCUUCUAUGAUUCUGAAGACCCCACAAAUAUCCUCUCUGGAGGAGAACCUUACUUCAUGCCUGUGACUGAGGAAGCAGACAUUCGUGAGGAUGACAACAUUGCAAUCAUUGACGUGCCCGUUCCCAGUUUUUCUGAUAGUGACCCUGCAGCGAUUAUUCAUGACUUUGAAAAAGGUAUGACUGCUUACCUGGACUUACUGCUGGGUAACUGCUAUCUGAUACCUCUCAAUACAUCCGUUGUUAUGCCUCCAAAGAAUUUGGUGGAGCUCUUUGGAAAACUAGCGAAUGACAGAUACUUGCCUCAAACUUUUGUGAUUCGUGAAGACCUUGUUGCUGUGGAGGAGAUUCGUGAUGUUAGUAAUCUUGGUAUAUUUAUUUACCAACUUUGCAACAACCGCAAAGCCUUCCGCCUUUGUCGUAGAGACCUCUUGUUAGGUUUCAACAAACGUGCCAUUGAUAAAUGCUGGAAGAUUAGACACUUCCCCAAUGAAUUUGUUGUUGAGACCAAGAUUUGUCAAGAAUAAGAGACCAUAGAUUGAAUGUCCAUAAGAAUAAGAAGUCAGAGAUUUACAAUAUGACUUCAGCAUCAAAGUGUGAAGCAUACUCAAAAUAUUUACUUAGCAUUUACUCUA